UGGUUAGAAUAGUUACACUAAAAAAACCAAGGGAAGUAUAUGAUAUUGGCUUUUAUAGCCUUAGCUUUACCCGUCCGGCCGUUCCAUAAAAUAUAAAAAACAUUAAAAAAAAAAAAUGGUUCCUAAUUUAUUUUAAAAGAAAAAGAAAAAGAAAAGAGUGGUGAAGGGUGGCGGCGGGAUGAGCAAGACAUGGAGACAACCAAAGGAAAUAGGAAUAAAUGAAAGAUAUGCUUCGCAUUUGUGGAAACUACUUCCUCUUUAGGAAAUACAUUUUCAAACUCUCAUUAUUUUCUACAAUCAAUUAAAUAAAAACCCACAAUUUCUCCUUUUAUUUCCAUUUUUUUUCCUUUAAUAUUUUUUAAUUUUCUGUGGCUGUCUUCUUCAUUGUUAUCACUUUCAUCAACCCACCCACCACCUCCGCAGCCUUCGCUUUCUCCUACCGCCUCUCUCUUUCUCCCUUCCCUUUGCUUUUACUGCUGCUCUCAUUUCGCAACGUUAAUCGAUUAUAGGAAAAUGAUAUACACAGCGCUAACAAUCUAACAUAUUAUUACUAUCUUGUAUUUGUAUGUACCUCUCAUUAUCUCCCAAAUCUAGCGAUUAGAUUCGGUGUAGACAAAAUCUAGGCCCCCUUUGUCCCCUCCUACUUUUAUUCCUCUCUCCCUUACACCCUUUCAAUCCUAAACUUACCCCAAACUAUGACAAAUCUUGUAAGACAUAGUAAGGUAUCGCAGCUAUUCUGAAACGGAGGGAGUACAAUAUCUCGUUGACCCGUGUCAACUUUGUCCUUCUUUUCCUCUUUUGAAGUUUGUUCCAAUUCAUAUUCUUAGAUCCAUCACCACUCAUUUGUAUCAGUGGUGAUUAUUAUUAGCUAAAGUCAACACUUAGUUGUAGAAUUUUUCCGAUUAUAGAAACCUUUGAUUAUUUCUUAUUGUUCAGUUUUUUUUUCAAUCAUCUAAAAAUAGUAAAGAAAAUCUUUGCAACAAUAUAUACUUUCCUCUUUUAGCUUUUGUGUUAUGGAUUCUUAUAUUGAACCCCAAUUCCUUAGUCAUAAUCAUCAUCAACAACAGCAGAAUAAUUCCGGGUUAUUGCGAUUUCGCUCUGCUCCAAGUUCUUUAUUCAAUGAAUUAACCCAGAAUUCCAGUGAUUCUGAGAAGUUUAAUGGCAGAAUUACAGAUGAUUUUUUUGAAUCAUAUGAAAGAAAGCCUCAGAAUCUAAUGGUAGGCGGUGGCGGCGGCGGCAACGAACAGAGUAGUCAGUUACCUCCUCAAUAUCCGAAGUUAAAUACUUCAAGUUCAAUGGAUCGAUCAACAAUCAAUCUCUCGACGACGAGACAGGGGAAUUGUGGUUUGAAUCUUAAUCGCCAGAGUAGCUCCCCUGCUGGAUUUUUCAAUCAUCUUAAUAACACCCAAAAUGGGUACACAAUCAUGAGGGGUAUCGGGAACUUCAGAGUAGGGAAUGGUACUAGUGGUGAAUCUAGUCCUCGUGCAAGUAGGCUGAAUAUGGGCCUUUUGCCACGAAUUCCUGAGCUCGGAAAUGAAAUUGUAAAGGAAACAAGUCCAGAUGAGGUGAAGUUCAGAAACCAUGAAAAUGAUGCAGGGUUUGACAGUACUAGUCCCACAGGAUACCCUUAUGUUCCUUGGAAUGAUUCUACUUCAGAUGCAUCUUUUCAUCUUUCUGAGAAUGGUGGGAUCACAAGCCGCUCUGCUGGAUUGACACAUCAUUCGGCUGAGAUGGCUGCUGUCGAGAAGUUGCUGCAUUUCCAGGAAGUGGUUCCUUGUAAGGUCAGAGCAAAAAGAGGUUGUGCAACACACCCUAGAAGUAUCGCUGAAAGGAUGAGAAGAAACAGGAUCAGUGAACGAAUGAGGAAAUUACAAGAUCUCGUUCCAAACAUGGACAAGCAAACCAAUACAUCGGACAUGCUGGAUUUAGCUGUUGAUUAUAUAAAAAAUCUUCAAAAUCAGUAUAAGGUUUUAAGUGACAGUCGAGCCAAGUGCAAGUGUGUUAUCUAAAUCAGCAGUUCUCAACAGCAUAGCAUAGUAAUAAUCUUAUUCCCUUGCAAAUUGAUGCGCUUAGAUGGGUGAUCAAGAGAAAGCAGUAGCAGCAUGGAAGCAUAUAUACAUACACUCCGUAAUAUGUAGGGUAUUUUCGACUGUACUUCAGGUUCUUUCUGCUCUCGUCCAAAGGAUGUAGAGGAUCUUUGUACGUUGUUAGCAGUUUAGGGUUUGUUGAAUUAUUAUUGCUAAAUCUCCAUGUAUUUGGAAGAAAAAAUAAAGGAUCAAAAGUAUGCAAUUAAUUUGUAUAGAAACUAGCAAUUUCCUUACUAGAGAUUCACGUAUCUCAAUAAUAGGAGUUUUUUUUUUUAUUUUUUUUUAUUAGACUUUCCAAUCUUGAUAUCUUUGAGGCACAAUCAACUUGCUUAGAUUUUGUAACUAACUUGAUGAUUGACUGAUUGUAGCAAUGAAAGUUUAAGAAAACAAGAGCCUUGGUAAGUGCA